AUGGAGGCAUUUCCAAAACAACUACGACCGGACCCCGACGAGACGAUUGAAUGUUGGGAUGACGAUGACGAUUUGCAAUUCAACGAUGAUAUUCAGUUCCGUACCGCAUCCAGCGCAGGCUCCUUAACCAACUCGUCAUUCCGGCCCUCUGGGCACCGAGACUCCAUAUCCUCACGACGCUCGGCCCGCUCGGAUCUCGACUCCAAUGCUGGCGACGAGGACUGGCAGGUCCCCCUUUAUGAUAAUGAUGAAUUUGCAAAAGAAGAUGCCAUUGCAUCGGCCAGGACUGCGGGCAUCCCCAUUCCUCCAGAUAUCCCUAAGUCAGCACUCAUCGGAGGCACAAUCAAACGCUUGUCGACUCGAAAGACAAAGAAGACAUUUGUUGACGACUGGUCAGAGGAUGUUGAGUUGCCUGGCCCCGAAGCCAUCCUGAAACUCCAAGCCCGAGAGACAGUGUUUCCAGAUUCCAUUCGAUUUUUAAGCUCUGCAGCCACCAGCCCAGUAAAAUCCACCGCAUCACCGUCAUGGAAUCCCGAAGUUUCGGCGCGUUUGCAGUCUGUCUUGGGACCAUUUGAAUCCUUUGGAGAAGAAACUGAUGGGCUGGAGUUUCCGGACAUUCCAACUCUCAAAGCCCCAACUCCUCGAUCUCCCCAAAAAAUAACACCGGUCAAUUUUGAUCGGGAGACAGACGACGACUUCAACCAGGAUUUCGAGCUUCCUGCGAAUCAUCAACCUCUGGAACUAUCACUUUCGCGUCAGAAAGAAAAUUUCUACGUUUCUAGUCCCACUUUGGAGGAUUUCGAUCUUGAAUGGUCUGAGGGAAGCAUUGGCAUUCGAGUUGGGGGAACUGCCCGGGAUGGCCGGUCUGUUCCCAGUUCUUCUAUCUCAAUUGCCAGCCCCAGCGUUUCGAGCUGUUUGACAGUGGAAAGUGGAGAUGAUGGGCUAGAUGGUAUCGUCAUUCCUGAAGGACCCCUUGAUUUCAGCGCUUCUCUUCAGAAACGACAACUAGCACAAAGCGAAAAUACCGAAACGGAUGAUAACCAAGUGAUGCAUGUUAAUCCCGAUGCUGACGACUUUUUUUCUGGAAUUGAUGUCGACAAUGAGAAAGCCUUCUCGUUUGGAAAGCCAGAGUUGAAUCCCAACAUCAAGCGCAAGACAGAACAACCAUGCAGUCCGACUCGUCGACCAGCAACGACCCUGACAUUUACCAGUACGACAGGAUCUCCACGAACUCGCAUCCCUCGUUUGACCGGCCAUGAGCGCACCCAUUCAACCCACUCAACCCAUCUUGAAACUGUGUCAGAGAGUGGCGCUCCUCUCUCCAAAUUCAGAACAUCACAAUCGCGUCUAGGGCAUCAUUCCUCACAGUCAUCAACCUCAAGUCUUCCAAUAUCCAACGCCAAUACGACCUCACCAACUCCUUCAAUCUCUGCUCGGCGGGGUUUGGCACCUCGAGCUUCCAGGGAUACUGCCAUACCCGGGGAGGCCAAUUCCACAGCUAGGCGUUUGAAACCCAAGCGUUCUCUGCCAUCGAUCCGUGGCGUCGGGUCAACUUCUUCAGUACAGACCUCUCAACGACCAACAGUCGACCGUUCUGCCCGCCUUUCCACUUCCAGGCCUAAAACACCAGUGGAUCGCGUUAUAAAUGAUGGGCGGUCUCUAAGUCGCAGAGCUCAGGCCCCAUUUAUGCCAGCUGGCGCAUCAGAAUCUCAGUCACACCAUGCUAGUGUGAAGGGAUAUCGUUCAUCACGUCGUACCAAUUCCGAUAGCUCUGGUGGCCUUCUUAGUCCACAAGACACAUUCACCCGGUUAUCCCGAUCUUCCCAAAACAAUGAGCCCUUUCGUGCUGGGCCUGGCGAGACAAGCACUGAUUCUCUUGGCCACUACACAAAACGCACGAUCACACGACCCACCAAAAAACGCAAUUUCGGCGAUGGAACAGAGCUGGAGUCGUUUGAUGACCUAUCUACGUCGGUUUUGGCAGAGAGCAAAUAUGUAAAAACUCCCGCCGGCCGAGGUGCUCCCAGAUCCGUCCGGAACAGGCUCAGUCAGGGUCGGGUUGAUCCCCCGCUUGAUCAAUCACCUACUCACUCGAUGACGUCUCCAUCAACCUCUAAGUUACGCAGUCCAACACCACGAUUUGCCCAGGAUACAAAUGCCUCCCGGAAUGCAAGAGAGCAGCGUAUUGCGUCCUUGGUUAUGAGCUCAAAAGCUCGUGAGACCAAUUCUUUGUCGACAUACAACUCCAACUGGAAGGCCCAGCCAGUAUCAAGGAUUCCUCCGGCGUCUGGGACGAUCAGAAGCCGGAAAGGCAAGCCCAACGCUAAAUCGACGUCUAAACCACACUUGAUCAAACCCAUGGGAUCUGGUGUUCAGGAUGCCAAAUCUGUGAGGGGCAUGCGUUACAACCCUGCGACUUUCCGGUGGGAAGGAAAUGAAAAUCUGAUACCUGAUUUCGAUCUCACUGCCCCAAAAUCACCCAAACCUGCACCGGCACUUAUCACCAAUGUUGGCACGAUGCAAAACGUUCAGACCGUCGGUGGGAUGGUCUUUGAUCCUCAUCGCAUGUGCUGGCUUAAGGCCGCAUCUGUCGAGCUCGAAGACGAAGAUGAUGUAUUCGCUGGCCUGGAUGAUUUGGAAGACAAAACCACAUUCAGCACCAUCCAUGGACGAAAAUCCGGGGCAUUUGAAGAUCCCAGUUCCCAAGCCACCGGGGAUGAUGCAAGUGGCGGUGAUUCUUCAGAUGAAGGACCUAUGACAGAGGAGUUUGAUGUUGGCCCGGAGUUCAUUCGACGACAACGGGCCGAGGAAGAAAAAUGGAGACGCAAAGUUGACAAGUGGGUUGGUUUUGACCGGGGUGAUCACACGAACCAUUGGAAAUGGAUCAUUCGCGAUUUAGUGGGCUUUGAUAAUAGCUUGGGAAGUUCGACUUAG